AUGCCUACGUUGAAGGCUCCACCUCCAUCAUCAUCAUCAUCACCAUCACCAUCAUCAAAAACAAAGAAAGAUGCAAACGCCAAAGCCAAAUCAGAAACUGCAGCAACCAAAGAGGACAAGAAGCCACCCAGCAAAAGUGCUGCCAGUGUUGCGGCGGCCAAUCCCGUCACGUCUACCACCACCGCCGCCGACGACGACGACGAUGAUGACAAGGAAGAAGGUUUGGAUCCAAAUGUGGACGCAUUAAUCAUGCCAUCACUGCGUCGCUUGACCAAAGGACUUCCAAAACGAGAACUUCGAUUGAUGAUAGAAGAAGCCAAGAUUGUGGAAGAAGCUUUGGACAAAGAAAUUGAUCAGCUGAAACAAGGGUUGGAUCCGGCCAAUUACAAGGACAAUCCGGAACUCAAAAAAUUUUGCGAUGAAGCAUUGGAGUCGGAAAUCACACCAGCAGAUACAAACUUUACGGUAUCGGCGCUUUUGGGAAGAUUGCGAGACGAUUUGGCCAUGCCACUCCCACCAAACUCGACCAUUCCGGCACAUCGAGAAAAGGUGGGACUUUUGUAUCAGCCACCCAAGAAGAAAAAGAAGACAGAGGCGGGCACUGCUAGUGGUGCUUCCAAUGCAUCUGACGUCAACAAAUCAUCUGCUUUGGAGAAACAAAAAGAACUGCUCGCCUUGCAGGACAACCCAGAAUACAGCAAGGAACAUCCCACUCCGACUCAUUUAAUGGCAGUCUUGAAGAAAAUUUCAACCCACCGAGCUGCCAUUGUCUUUCGUCGCCCCGUAAAUCCCAAAGAAGCUCCGGGAUAUACCGAUCGAAUUCUAUUUCCCAUGGACCUUAGUUUGGUUCGAAAAAUGAUUGUCGCCCGCAUGAUCGUCUCCUAUUCGGACUUGCACCAACGGAUUGGGCUGAUUUGUCACAAUUGCAUCAAGUACAAUGGCCGAGAAUCUGAUUACGGUGUAGUGGCUCGAGAAUUUGAAGCCAUGGUGGACAAUUACAUUGUCAGUGCGGUAGAAACUGCAACCGCCGUGGCCAAGGUGGCACAGGCCGCAUUGGAUCAAAAGGCACCCCCUCCAGCUACAGCUACAGCAGCUACAGCUACAGCAGCAAAACCAGCAACCGCUGCUGUUGCUACUGCUGCUGCCAACAAAAAGAACAAGGCACCAACAUCCCGAAGCAAUAGUCCCAAACCUUCAUCUCGCAGUAAUAGUCCCAAGCCAACAACAUCUCGAAGCAACAGUCCAAUGCCGCCGCCACCAGCAGCAGGAGCAGGAGCAGGAGCAGCCACAACCAAGGCAGCCACAACCACCAAGGCAGCCGCCAAACCCACUAGUACCAAGGCAGCGCCCAAGGCAGCCACGACCGCAACAGCAAAGAAGGAAGCAACUACGUAG